UCGGAACGGAGGCCCAGCCCAACAACACAAAACCUAGGAAUUAAAAAAACAAGCGUCCCCAAAAUACCAAAGCUUUCGCAUUACUCGACUCUUCUUCUCCGUUCGCUCAAGGAUUUUGUCUCUGAACUCAAUUCAGACUGCCAGAUAGCCCGAAAAACCGGUGAUUGGAAGUGUUUGAUUUAUACACUGAGCAAAAGAAAUGAAGGAAGAAGAAGUGAAUAGAUGCCAGAUACAGGAAUGGUACCCGAAGUUUAAAUCCGUGUCUAUCAGAACCCGAAUUCAUGAGCUUCCUGAAUCCUUUGUCCAGUACCUUCUCGAUGAUUCGGGCCCCUUCCUUCUCCCUGUUUCAAUCUCAAAUGAUGAUGCAUUUCCUAAUAGAAUUCAUAAUCCGGAGGAGGAAGACGACUAUCAAGUAUCAGAAGGGUCUGGUGAUGAGUCGGAGCAGCCUUCUCUGCCGCCCUCUUUCCCUGAGCUUGAGUUGGAGAUCAAGGAAUCGAUUGAGUCCCUUGGAGGGUCUGUGUUCCCUAAGCUGAACUGGAGUGCACCAAAAGACUCGGCUUGGAUCAGCACAACUGGGAGUCUCAGAUGCUCCUCGUUCAGUGAGAUUGCGCUCUUGCUACGAUCGUCUGACUCAUUGGUCCACGAUCUGUGUCACGCAUAUGAUUCCUGCAGUGACAAAACCUCAUCAAGGCCUAGGAGUUUCUUCCUUGCACUUCGGAAAUGGUACCAAUCUCUCAAGCCAGAGAUGGAGUUCCGUUGCUUUGUACGAAAUCAGAACUUAGUUGGAAUUUCCCAACGUGAGGUCACUACUUGUUAUCCUGCUCUGAUUGAAAAGAAAGACAGCCUUCAAGCAUUGAUCGAAGACUUUUUCUUGGAUAAUUUGAUGUUGAGAUUUGAAUCAGAAAACUACACCUUUGAUGUCUAUGUGACAAAGGAUGAUCGCGUUAAGGUUGUGGAUUUCAACCCAUGGGGCGCAUUUACGCUACCUCUGCUGUAUACAUGGGAGGAAUUGGAUCAGACUCAUAGUGAACAAGGAGAUGGUGUCGACUUCAGAGUUGUAGAGAGCCAGUUAUCUGUUAGGCCAGGUUUGAAGACAGCAGUGCCGUUUGAUUAUUUGGACACUGGCACCGGGAGUGGCUGGGAUCAAGUUAUCAGAAAUGCUAAUGAAGAGUUGCAGCAACAAACUAGGAAUGCUCAAGCAGGUGCUUAAGGUCAUCAUCGGUUCGAUCUUUCAGGUUCAAGUUCCCUAAGUAAGCAACAAACUGUUGCAGUGAUAGUUUUUGUGUUUAUUACUAUUAUCCUAGAUCUUCAUCAAUGCUAAUCUGUUGAUGCAUCUCUUAAGAUUGGUAAGUUUUAGAGUUUCCAUUUCAAUACAUCUUACAUUUCUUGUUGGAUUAGGUCAAUGUAGUUCGAAAUUUGUUUGUGGUUUGAUGGCUCCUACUUCCUCUGCGUCCUUCUGAUCUGCAGUGUAUGUUAGCCCGAAUUCUCAUCAACUUAUAUAAACUUAGUCCCAUGUUUUAAGUUUUAAUCUCAGCCUCCUUUUCCUUAAUUUAGCCAAAA